UUUGGUGCCGGUGAAAAUAAUUCCUACAGAUUUUCAAAAUGUCAGGCUGUAAGAAGCCGCGAGCUGUAGCAAAUCCUCUAGAAUCGACCAUUACAUCUCCGAGUGAAAGAAUACUGAAAGAAUGCCACACUUUAUAUAUCGACAACGACAACGGAUUGGUGAAAAUGGCAGAGAGUUUGGGAGUGAGGCUGUUACCGCCACGGAAAAAAAUUAUAGUUAUGAUUAUGGGAAACCAUUCUGCUGGAAAAAGCUCAUUUAUUAACUGGUAUGUGGAGGAGCACAUACAGAAGACAGGUGUUGCCAUUGAGACACAAGGCUUCACAUUUAUAACUAGUGGAAGAAAACGAGAGUCACUAACAGGAAAUGCAACAUUACACCUUUACCCGCAUUUCAGACCUCUGCUGGAGUUCAAAGGUGUCACGGAUUACCUGAGCGCUGAGAUUUCCACCUCCAAACAGAAGAAGUUCAGCCUGGUGACGUUUGUGGACACUCCAGGGUUGGUGGAUGGAGAUAUGGUGUACCCUUUUGAUGUCAACAGUGCCAUCACCUCUUUUGGUGAGCAGGCGGACCUCAUCUUUGUGUUUUUUGACCCGAUGGGACAGGCAUUGUGCAAGCGUACAUUGAACAUUGUUGAGAAGUUGAGUGAGAAGUGUGGAGACAAACUGCGCUUUUACCUGAGCAAAGCUGACGAGGCUGGACGAGAAACGGACAGACAGCGAGUGAUGAUGCAGAUUGUCCAAGAGCUGUGCAGGAGACCUGGACUCAACAAAUGUGGCUUCGAAAUGCCCACGAUAUACAUCCCCAACCCUCAAAAACCCAGCAGAUGCAUCAACCAGAUUGAUGAGGUUUGUGAGACCAUUGAGAAGAGCAUAAACCAGGCAGUCCAAAAAACACUUGACCAGCUGGAGAAAGAUUGUAACCUCAUCAUCUCUACCAUCAACCAUACACUGGAACAGGACCGGAUGAAUGUGAGCAGUAAUAAAAGCAAUCGUUUUAAUUCAUUCCUGUGUGGAGUUCUGGGAAUCUUCCUUCCGUCGCUCUUCAUCCUCAGCUUAAUCAUCAGCACCUUCGCUCCAGAGGAACUGGACUUGGACUCUCUUGUUGGAGAGGGAUUGGCUAAAGCGCUCUACUUUUCCACAGGUGUAGUUGUGUAUCUGUGGGACUGGAUUCCUGAAGAUUGGCAGAUAAUGUUUGUGAUCAUCUUUGGUGUUCUGUGCUAUUUUAUGUUCUUCUUGGCCAAGUAUUUUGCACGUCAGGGCAGUAAGACGCUGACUAAGAAAGAGAAGAAGAAACUGGCAGAGAACAGCAAUUACAUCCAGGAUGUCGUCAAGUCCAAGAAGCGGAAGCUGUAUGAAGAGUAUCUUCGGCAGUGUGCUGCAGAAUAUGAUUUCUGAAGGAAGCCUGCAUGACAGCCGUCGGUCGCAUCAGAGUAAUCUGAAUAAUUUAUAUAAAGCACCUCUAACCUGUGAAACAAUUAUGUAUUUUCAUAUUUACAUGAGUGAUAAUAACAAAUCGGUGCCUUUUUGUUAAAUGUGAACAGUGUUGAACAAAAUGUGAUAUACAAACACAACCUCAAUAUUAUCUUACACCAGCUAGUUUUUCUAUAUAAGUCAUUUUGAAUAAUCAGACCUUGAACUGUUUUUAGCCAAUAAGCUACAUGAUCACCAUGUAAUGACAUAUAAUUCUGCGACAUUGGUUUCUGUGGCCUUCUUUUGAUCUCCAGGAGCACUGUGGGAGAAACCAAAGGUACCAAAUUCAACCUCAUAUACUCUUUAUCAAGUGAUAUUUCUACUUUUUAUAAUGUAACACAGAAGAAUUUCUCCCAGCAGCCACAGAAAAAGCACUCGACUAACUUUAUUUUAGGUCUUCCUGUCAUUCAUAUGUAUGUGAAUGUUGCAUGUUUGUCUAUGUAUAUGUCGUUUGUAUAUGGUUUAUGUUAGUGUUCUGAAGUGAUGCUGCCUAAAAGCAUAAAUAACGUUUUAGAAUUAAUCUCUAAGGGCAUUCUUUUAGGAAUACUAAGGACUUGCAUCUUCUUUUUUUUUUGAGAAAUAGCUUGUUUUGAACAUGUAUAAGUGAGAGUCAGUUUUUUACCCGUCCAUAUAUACAGUGUGCAGGGUGGAAUCAUGCACUUAUUCAUUUUUUAUUUUUCAGCAUUUGAAAUGUAAAUUUUAAGAAACUGUAGCACUGAACUUGAACAUGCAUUUACCUCAGUGUUGCAAAAAUACCUUUUAUUAUGACUGCAAUAAUUCAGAUUUCAUAGUGUAUUGUUUUACUGAUUUUCCGAAUGGAUGUUAUUUUAAAUUGAAGGCUUUUUUUUUUUAGCAAUGCUGAUUUGUAUCGGUCUUACAGAACAAAAUGUCCUCAUUGAUUGACUCAACUUUGUAUUCCACUGUCUUAUAGUAUGAUGAAUUGCUUGCUGUGUUUUCUGUAAGUAUAUUUGAAAGAAUGAGCAGCACAAUAAAAUGUUAUAGCAACAAAUUUAUUCAUCUUUUUUUUUUAUUCCACCAGAACCUGUCCCAUAUGACUGAAACCUCCAAUCCCUGAGUUAGUACCAAAGAAAAGCUAUAGGAGGUCAGAGCUACAAGAGAAGCAUUCAUUAUUACGGUGUACAAUCUAAAAAUACAAUCAACAAUCAAUCAGUCUAUCAUCAAUAAAUCAUUUCACGAUUAGUCAGAAAAUACAAGCCUCUUAUAAUACGAGCAUUUCUAUAGAUAAAAGUUAUAGCUUUAAAUAUUUGUCAUCUUGUGCAAUUUACUAGCAGGGCAACCACAGUUCCCAUGAGCGAGAGGUAUAUUGUCAUUGUUAAAGGUCAGCGAGUGUUUCAGACCAGUCCUGGUGCACGGGGUCAUGCUUCAGUUUGGGGUGAGAACAUUCAAAAUGACAGUAUCGCUUUAUUGCCAUGGAGAUUAUACUGUGAAUUUGAACUUGAAAUACUUGAUGGCUGGGAGAAUUAAAUAAAAGAUUCAGCAAUUCAUGAAGCCUUUCAAUAACACGUCCAGGUCAUAGUUUACCCCAAAAUCAUAAAAGAAAAAAGAAAAAUCGAUAUAUAUUUUGCAUAAAGAAAAUAACGUCAAAAAAUAUACUGUAAUACAGUAAUAAGUGAAACAUUGAAGUAAGGAGGAAUGUGCUUAACUCUCGUGAAAAUAAUGCCCUCAAAAUGUGAAAAAAGACGAAAUGUUUAUAUAUAUGUGUGUGUGUAUAUAUAUAUAUAAACAAUUUAAAAUAAAAUGUUAUAUAUA